AUGGAGAACCAGACAUGGAUUGGAGAUAUCUUACUCCUAGAGGGGUUAAAGGUCACCCCACAGUCUUCCAUUCCUGUCUUCAUCGUCCUUUUUUCCGUCUACAUCUUCAUCAUGCUGUCCAACAUUGGCCUGACAGUUCUGAUCUCAGUAGAGAGAAGCCUUCACCAGCCCAUGUAUCUGCUGUCCUGCAAUCUAAACAUCAAUGAUGUCUUCGGUGCUACGGCCAUUUUACCUCGCUUGAUAAGUGACAUAUUUACAGAAAGUGCAGAGCGCUACAUUACUUACAUGGGGUGUGUCGUUCAAGCAUUUUUCUUUCAUCUUCACAUAGGCACUUAUCUCUCAGUACUGAUGAUCAUGGCUUUUGACCGAUACGUAGCUAUCUGCAAACCCAUGCAAUACUCCAACAUAAUGACGAACAAGAUGGUGGUGAAAUUGAGUGUAUUUGCAUGGGCCGUAAUUAUAUUCAUGGUGGGUAUCCUUAUAGGCCUCUCUGUCCGUUUGUCUCGCUGCAGGAGAAUGGUAUCAAAUCCAUUCUGUGACAAUGCCUCUUUAUUCAAGCUUUCUUGUGAAAGUGUCUUGAUCAAUAAUAUUUACGGCCUUGGGUACACUGUUGUCAUACUGGGUUCAUCCAUUGGCAGCACAAUACUCACCUACCUAAAGAUCACCAUAGCAUGCUUGACCAGUAAGAACAGGGCAUUAAACAGCAGGGCCUUACAGACCUGCUCCACACACCUCACUCUAUACCUCAUCAUGAUAUUGUCAGGCCUCAGUUCAAUCGCUCUGCACCGUUUUCCUGAGUUAUCGGAGCAGAGAAAAUGGGCCUCCAUUGUGACCAUGUUGGUCCCUCCUGCUCUUAACGCUGUGAUCUAUGGGCUGCAAAUAAAACAGAUAAGGCAGAAGAUUGUUACCUUAUUUAAUAAAAAUAAAGUUACAUUAUCACUUGUUACGAAUUCGAAAUAG